GGUGUCAUUCAACACUCCUCGGGGACGCGAUUCCGAGGAUUCCAUCGUCGUUCCCCCUGUCCUCGGAGCCGAUUUUCGGAACAGAAAUGGGAAAACACUCCGAGGACAAAUCCUCGGGCUCCGCGGACAAAUCCUCGGGUUCGGAGGAUUUCCCAGCCAAAUCGUCCUCGGCUCCAAGGGACCUCGCGAGGUCCUUUGGAGCCCGAGGAUCCGCGAUUAUUGGGGUGCCGGCGGCGAGUCCAGAAGGGAAAAUGGAGGUCGAAGGUGGUCCAGUGGUGGUCCACCGGCCGGAAGACGGACAUCGCGGGCCGUCCUCGUCCAAAACGUCCACCAACGGCCUCGUCGUUUUACUGUUGGCAAUGAUUGGCGGUACGGCCCUGUCGGUUCGUCGGGCGGCCCCACGGUGGUGCCGUGGCGAGCAUCAGACGUCUUCGGCCGGCUCCUUGAGGGGUCUUGGCGUUCCCGCGGGCUUCCCAAUGGUCAAAAAUACGGAUUUUGUAAGCGUCCUCCCCCAGCCGGUGCUUGCAGCAAUUUCGUACGUUGGCGUCUUCCCUCUCGCAACGUGUGUCUCCAGUCGCCGCGAUUGCGACAGCGCAAGUGCAUGUUCCGUCUCGGCUGCCCUGUCGUUCUUGGCUGACCUGUACCGCAGGCUGCCUUUGCUGCUGCUCGUCGCAGUGCUGCUGCUUGUCGUUGUCGUCUUUCAUAUCUGCUUCCUCGGUCGCGUCCCUAGGAGGAAACAGACGCGGCAAACGCCGAAGAGGGCCAGGAAGAUGGAGAAGCUACAGACGAAGACCACGCUGUCCGUAGGGGCUGGGCGGUCGUCACGUCAGAGUUGCAGUAGUGCGGAAGGCGGCAGGCGACCGUACGACCCAACGCCGUACAACCACCUGUCGUCCCACGAGAUUCCGUUGCCUCCGAGUGACGACGACGACAACGACCCCCGAUCCUCAACGGUUCCUUUGGGCAGCGGUUCGACGCAGGAUUGGAUGGGGAGCAAACUGUACAGACAGGCAUCGAGGCCGACGUACACUGAUCUGCUGGAGGGGCGGACCUCGGUUGGUUAUGACGCAGGACCCGUAGAUCUCAGCUUCGGUUUGAGGUCUGGGAGUGUCGAGGACGUGACACACACCGUUCUCGUGAACCCAGCUUCUGGCACCAACCACACACCGCCUUCAGUGAGGGCGUCGGCCCUUCCGGAUAACUGCGCCUGGUGUUCUGGUCAGUCGGGCGACGAACGUGGACUCUUUUCGCCAAGGUGGGGGGCAAUGGGCACAGCAGGUGUGGCCGCGUCGAGGACGAGGACAGGUGGAUCUGCUCCCUGUGGAUCGACGACGCCAGGCGGCACAAUCGACGGACGAGGGGACGACGAUGAGUGCUCCGCUACGGAGGUCGUGGGACGAAAGGUUUGGGAUAAUCAUCGGCGACAAUCGCGUCAAGCGAGCACGUCCAGCAUAACAAGAGGGGUGGCGAAGAUUAAUGUGGGGGCGAACGAUAUAUUCGGCGAUUGCGAUGGUGCAGGGGGCGAAGAUUGCGCGGCAGAUGACGGGGGCAAUGACAACGACGAGGACGACGACGGGGAGAUGGAGAUUCGUCCAGUAGGGAGGAAGCGGGGAGGGUCAAGGGCCACAAACAAGUUUACAGAACCGCGCGCGGGGCAGAGAGGCAAGAAGGGUGUGGAAGAUACGUCGGCAGGCGAGGGAGCAAAAAGAAGGGAUUUUUGGAUCGUGGAGCACAUGAUUGCUCUAAUCCGAGCUAAAAGAGACCAGGAUUUGCAUCUGGCCGGCCAGGGGCACAACAGCGGAAGGAUGAAGACGAAGACAUGGAAGUGGGACGACGUUGAGAAGAGGCUCGUGCAGAUGGGGGUGACGAGUAGAAAGGUCGUGGACUACAGGAAAAAAUGGGACAACCUGUACCAGCAGUUCAAAACGGCAGACGAAGCGGUGAUGGUGGAUGCGCAAGGGACGGCAGGGGCGAUGCAAUUGGGUUUUGGGCGGGAUGGGGUGUCGAGGGAACAACAAUCCGCUCUCCAAACAGAGCGUCGUUGUCGGUGCUGCUGGGGCGUUGCCAAGGACCCCGAAGGCAGCAGGGCCCGACAACUUCCUGCAGGGGUUGUCAUCAUGGAGGCGUGCGUGCCGAGGCAACUUCCGGCGGUGGUAGGCCAGGGUCAGCCACGUCAGCCACUCCCCCUACAACAGGCGGGGACUUCAGGGGGAGGGAAAACAUUGUCCGUGCAAAAGGGCGAGGCAACAACGAUCGACAGUGGGACGGCGGCAGCGGAUCACACCACUAGAAGUGGACUCGCCGAAGGUGCGGAAGAGGGGAGGAUCGACGACGUUCACCGCGACGAUGGGAGAAGAGAUGGAAAGCGGGAGGGCGAUGACAAGGACGACCGUCCACUUGUUACGAGGUUGAAGGGAGCAGCAAAGGAGGAUGAUCUCGAAGAGAGGUCGAAGUUGUGGGUUGAUUGCGACGCUUUCUGGGGUCAGGGCCAGGGGAAACCCUUCAGGGAGGCGGUAGGUGACUGCGCGGACUACUUCGUCGCCAUCGCUACCGGAGACGGAGGAGCUGAACCGCCUUCGAUGCUCAUAAUGCCAUCGAAUGAUGUGCCGUGCUUCAAGAUCGAGGACCCUGCGCAACGUGAACCAGCUCUGCGCAGAGCGCGCAACAUGGAGAAAUUGGUGUUGCGCACCAUCCACGGUUGGAUCUUCAAAUCGUCAUCGAGGUCAACUGCCUUCGCUCGUGCAGAGUCGUACAUCACCAUCGACUUUGCUAUAGACGUUGCACGAGCAGUUUGGCAGGGAUUUGAAUGGUCCAAAGUGGUUUCCCCUGCCCUUGUCUACCACACGCUGGCGAUGAAGAUGGACGUGCCUUUGUGGUUCGCAGGGGUGAAGGUUGUGGACCGACCGGAAGACGACGACAUGGCGGCGCGGCAGGAGGCGACAGUUCUUCACCUGGUGGACUGCUGGACAAAUGCAGUCUGGUGCGGACAAUGGGCGGACGGUGGGCGCGUGAAACAGGAGAGGUUGUCGCGACUUGCGGAUUGUCUUCGAGCGUUGUGGAGCGCGUGCAUGUGGAUCAUGCGCAUGGGUGGUGAUGACGACCGUUCGCACUACGAGGCGUGGUUCUACACGUCCAUGGUCGCCAAACCCACAAUGAUAGCGGCGGGGUCCUACAUCUUCAACUGGCGGCGAUACAUCGUCGACACCGCCAACCUCGUCUUGGAUCGUCUAGGGAAGGCCCACCUGACGCUGGGAGAUUACCCGCAUUGCAUUCCGGAAUGGUCUGAUUGCGAGUUGGUGUUCGGGCACAACGCGGCCCUGAAGAAUGCAGCGGAAGCCGCAAAACACGGCUGGAUCGGCAGCGGGCCCGCGGCGGACGACGAUGGAGAUGAGGGCAGUUGACCCGUCGGUUCGUCCGUAAGGCAGCGGCGGGGUGCGGAUCGUCGACGGAUUGGCUCGUGGGAUCACGGAACGACG